GCCAUGGCCGCAGCUAACGACUCUCAGCCUCAUGCGGAGACCGUGCAGGUGCUGCGGGACACGGCCAAUCGCCUGCGAAUCCAUUCCAUCAGGGCUACUAGCACCUGCGGCUCUGGCCAUCCUACGUCGUGCUGCAGUGCAGCUGAGAUCAUGUCCGUGCUCUUCUUCCACGCCAUGAGGUAUAAACAGAGCGACCCGGAGCACCCUGACAACGACAGACUAGUGCUGUCCAAGGGCCACGCCCCGCCAGUGCUCUACGCCACAUGGGCCGAAGUGUGCGACAUCUGUCCCUGUGACUUAAUGAGCCUGAGGAGGUUUCACUGCGAACUAGAAGGAUACCCCACCCCGCGACUGUCGUUUGUGGAUGCGGCCAUGGGGUUCCUUGGGCAAGGCCUGGGAGCUGCGUGCGGAAUGGCCUACACCGGCAAGUACUUCGACAAGGCCAGCUACCGGGUGUUCUGCCUCCUGGGAGAUGGCGAAGCCGCAGAAGGCUCUGUCUGGGAGGCUUUGGCUUUUGCUGCCCACUAUGGUUUGGACAAUCUCGUGGCAAUCUUUGAUGUGAACCGCUUGGGACAGAGUGGCACUGCGCCCCUUGAGCACCGCACAGACAUUUAUAAGAAUCGCUGUGAAGCUUUUGGGUGGAAUGCUUACAUUGUGGAUGGUCAUGAUGUGGAGGCUUUGUGCCAAGCAUUUUGGCAAGCAGCUCAUGUGAAGAAUAAACCCACCGCUAUAAUUGCUAAGACCUUCAAGGGUCGGGGUAUUCCAAACAUUGAGGAUGCAGACUAUUGGCAUGGAAAGCCAAUGCCAAAGGAGAGAGCAGAUGCAAUUAUCAAAUUAAUUGAGAGUCAGAUACAGACUAACAGAAAUCUCACACCGAAACCCCCUAUUGAAGAUUCACCUCAGAUCAACAUCUCUCAUAUAAAAAUGACCUCUCUGCCUGCCUACAAAGUUGGUGAGAAGAUAGCUACUACGGAAGCAUAUGGAAUAGCUCUGGCUAAAUUGGGCCACGCAUGUGAAAGAGUUAUUGCUCUGGAUGGGGACACGAAGAACACCACCUUUUCUGAGAUAUUUAAGAAAGAUCACCCUGAGCGUUUCAUCGAGUGUUUUAUUGCUGAGCAAAAUAUGGUAAGUGUGGCCCUGGGCUGUGCCACACGGGACAGAACCAUUGUUUUUGUUAGUACAUUUGCUGCCUUUUUGACCCGAGCAUUUGGUCAGAUCCGAAUGGGAGCCAUCUCUCAAACCAGUAUCAACCUUGUUGGUUCUCACUGUGGGGUGUCUGUUGGUGAAGAUGGACCUGCUCAGAUGGCCCUGGAGGAUCUAGCCAUGUUCCGAAGCACUCCCAAUUGCACGAUUUUCUGUCCAAGUGAUGCAGUCUCAACAGAGCAUGCUGUUUGUCUGGCUGCCAAUACUAAGGGCAUGUGCUUCAUUCGUAUCAGCCAGCUGGAAACUGCAGUUAUUUACCCUCCAGAAGAAAAUUUUGAGAUUGGACAGGCCAAAGUGGUUCACUACAGCGUCGAUGACAAGGUCACAGUUAUUGGAGCUGGAGUUACUCUACAUGAAGCCUUAGCAGCUGCUGCUGAUCUUUCUCAACAAGGUAUUUCUAUUCGUGUCAUUGACCCAUUUACUAUUAAACCUCUGGAUGCUGCCACUAUCAUUUCCAAUGCCAGAACCACUGGUGGCCGGAUUAUCACAGUGGAAGAUCACUACAGAGAAGGUGGCAUUGGAGAAGCUGUGUGUGCGGCUGUCUCCAGGGAGCCUGACAUCUCUGUUCAUCAGUUGGCGGUCACAGAAGUACCUCGGAGGGGAAACCCUGGUGAACUGCUGGAUAUGUUUGGAAUCAGUGCCAAACACAUCAUAAAAGCUGUGAAAUCUACUUUAAUGAACUAAAAUAGUUCAUUUCUUAACAAAUUAAAUGUGUUAGUUUUGAUAGUAAA